UCAACAUGUUUCAACGUCGUAAAUCUAUUCGCACUCGCCUUAUGAACAGUGCCAAAUAUCUAAUGCUACCGUUUUUGGUGAUUAAUGCGUGUAUUAUAAUCACAAUGAUUCGAUACACAGCGAAGAAGCCAAUUAAAUAUAAUACCUGUUACAUGGAUGCAAUCUCUUUGGCCAUGCAAAAUCGCACACCCAUUGAAGAUGGCGGGCCAAUUCCACUUGAGGAUGUGCUGCUUUCGGAUGAUCAGCCAACGCCGGGAGAAUCGAUAUUCUUUUUGGAGACCACCUGUCCGUGCUCCGAUCCCAAAUAUUAUAUGUUAAAUCUGGCAUCACGUGAAGCUUGCGCAAUAGAAUCGGCGGCAUUGCAUAAUCCAUCGAUGAAUAUCUUUGUGCUCUUCGCCUGUGCAAACUCUCGACAACAAGUUGAUCCUACAACCGAAGCAAUUCUGAGCUACAGCAAUGUGAAGCUGCGUCGUGUUAAUCUCUGGCAAUUAGCGAAAAAUACUUCGAUACAUGAUUGGAUCUCAAAGGACGAACUUUUUCGCUCCAGAUUUCUGAUGGUUAACCUCUCUGAUCUCUUGCGCCUAUUGACUCUAUAUCGCUUUGGAGGCAUCUACAUGGACAUGGAUGUUGUCGUCUUGCGGAGCUUCGAGAAUGAGCCGCCAAAUUUUGUGGGUGCCGAGUCAAAGGUCAAAAUUGGAAACAGUAUUCUACGACUAGAGCCCAAGGGCUUUGGACAUAAGAUAAUCGAGUACUUCUUGCUUGACUAUCAAAUGAACUAUAACGGCGAUAUUUGGGCCGUUAAUGGACCCGUUAGUUUGUCUCGCGUUAUGUCGUACAUUUGUAAUACGAAUAACAUUACCGUUAUGCAGUCGGAUCAACGUCGUUGUCAAGGCAUUAAGGUGUUUCGAAGCAGUGACUUUUAUGCGAUUUCCGACUGGGCGUAUUUCUUUGAACCACAGUUUGCAAAUGAAACGAUGGAACUACUAAAGAACUCAUAUGCGGCACAUUUAUGGGGUCAUAUUAGCACCCAGCGCGAUCUUAGGGUUAAUUCUAAUUCAGCUUAUAUACAGUUGGCGACUCAAAAUUGCCCCAAAGUUUUAGCUGCGGCGCGAAAAUGGUUUGAUUAAUCUAAGUGAAUAUUAUAAUUAAAAUGUAAGCUGCACUAUAGCUGAUA